AUGACAGGACGGUCGCCUCAGCAGUCGGAGCUUUCCGAAGCUCUGCCACUGCCAGUACCCGAUGCGCCCAGCGACAGCUCCACGGCAGCCAACGAGACGGAAAACAGAGACAAUGCGCAGUCCCUCUCGACGGGGUCGUUAAAGGAUAAGAAGCCUGAGGGCAGACCGACUGAAAGGGCGGAGAAGAGCGUUGAGGGGGGUGCGGCUGGGAAAGAUGGCGGUGACGAAGAGGGCAAGCCAAGCGCCAAGGUAGAGGGCAAAGAAGACGAGCACGAGGACGAGAAAGACGAUGAAGAGGAAGAGGACGGGGAUGACGAAGACGAGGAGGAGGGGGAGGAAGAGGAAGAAGAGGAGGACGAUUAUGAUGAUGAUGACGACGACGACGAAGAAGAGGACGAAGAAGAGGACGAAGAAGAGGAAGACGACGAGGAACCACUCUUGAAAUCAACGAGACUGACCCAACACCUCGGCGCAGUCUAUCGCAAUGGCGACGCGACCAGCGCCUGUCUAGUCGCGGGCGACAAGAUGAUUGUCGGUACGCAUAAUGGCAAUAUCCACGUCAUUCAAUUGCCUGGAUUCAACACUCUACGAGUAUAUCAUGCGCACUCAGCUUCCGUCACUAGCAUAUCGAUAUCGCCAUAUCCUCCCCCCCUUCCAGACGAAAAAGCCGAGAUGAUUCAACGAGCACAGACCGGGUUAGUUGGGCCACCAACAAGACCAUAUGAAACUUCUCCCUCGGCAGCAACGAAGAGGAUGAGGGAGAUCCCUCAAGUACCUAAGAUACCGUCGAAUGACAUCUAUAUUGCUACAUCGUCGAUGGACGGCAAUGUUUGUGUGCAGUCCUUGGUCGACCUGAAGGAUGUUCAACUUCGAAACUUUGCCAGACCGGUACAAGCAGUCGCUUUGUCACCGGACUACAAGUCAGAUCGAACAUAUUUAUCGGGCGGGCGGGCAGGGCAACUCAUUCUCACUGUAGGCGGUGGUCCAGGCCGCAGUACCUCCACUACAGUUGGCACUGCGGCUGCUGUGGCAUCUGACUGGCUUUCUACAAUAGGCGUCAAGAAUAGCGGCGGAAAAGAUACGGUGCUUCAUUCUGGUGAGGGAACGAUUAAUACCAUCAAAUGGUCUCUGUCAGGAAAAUACGUCGCAUGGCUCAACGAACAUGGAACCAAGAUUAUGAGAUCCAAGCUUCAUCUUGAUAACACGGAGAUUGAAGACGCUUGGAAGAGGAUUGGCCACGUUGACCGACCACAUACCAGCGAAUGGGAAACGAUGGCUGGCGUUUGGAAAGGCCGCGCCGAGUGGAUAGAUGAGAAGUCGGUCGAGAGUGAUGAGUCGGAGGACUCCCACGACCCUACCGCUUCUUCACCUACCGUGCCAAGCGCAAAGACUUUUGAAAGGCUUCUCGUUGGUUGGGGAGGGACAAUGUGGAUUAUUCAUGUCCACCCAGGAGGCAUCGGCCAUGGUAAGCAAGCUGGCGAAAAGACCAUUGCACGUGCCGAGAUAGCCAAGAUUCUUCAUAUAGAUUGCAUCAUUUCUGGAAUCUCCCUCUAUGCCCAGAAUCAAUUGCUAGUGUUGGCAUUCAGCUCUCCAGAAGAUGAAGGCGAUACCGCAGAAGGCGACAAAUCCGGUCCAUCACAUGCACGAGACGCAUCUAAGAACCAUAAAUCCAAGCAUUCCACAUCAUCUGCAGAAAUUGAGCAACAGCAUAGUCAACGACAACGUUUGAACGCCCUGCCUCCCGAGCUGAGGCUAAUUGAUCUCAAGUCUCAGGCUGAGGUAGAUCGGCACAGCCUCUCCAUUAAUCGUGUCGAUAGGCUUUCUGCUGCUGACUAUCACAUGUGUCUCCUACCUGCACGGAAUGCCGCCUCCGUAGUAGCAUCAACGAAGAGCGCAUUGGAGGCACUUGCCGGCAUCGGGUCGGAAAUGUGGAAUGUUGCGGUUAACCCAAGAUCCUUGUUUAGCUCUGGCGCCAGUAUCCUCAGCGGAGGCAGUGGUGAUGACGGCGCUUCUGUUUCCAAAGCUGGGAGCAUUGCGGGCACCAUACGAUCGAGUCCAAUCAGAACCAGAAUUCCUACCGUACAUCCUACGCUGUCCAAACCAGGGGUCAAAAUAUUCCUUCAUAGUCCCUACGACUGCGUUCUGGCUACUAAGAGAGAUCUUUCCGAUCAUCUCACGUGGCUGUUGGAGCGUGAGCAGUACCGACAAGCGUGGGAACUUCUCGACGAAAACCCUGAAAUCUUGGCCGAGUCAUUCGAUGGCAUUACCGAUCCAGCGAUGCCUCCUACGCCAUCCAAACACCCGAGCGGAGCCGAUGAUUUCUUUGACGACGAGUCUGUGGCAGACACAACUCAAAGAAAUAUGUACUCGGCUGUGGAAAAGGAGAAGAGGCGAGUUGGUGAGCUGUGGAUCCGGGAAGUGAUUGAUGACGGCGACUGGGAGAUGGCUGGCCAAGUCUGUGGCAAGGUUCUCACGACUCCCGAUCGCUGGGAGAAGUGGGUUUGGACCUUUGCAGGUGCCAACAAGUUUGACGAAAUCACCAAACACAUGCCAACAAAACCUAUGAAGCCACCAUUGCCAACGACCAUAUAUGAGGUGCUUUUGGGACAUUAUAUACAGAAUAACAAGCCCCGAUUCAGAGAAUUAUUAGACAUAUGGCCAACCGAUCUUUUCGAUAUCCCUGCCAUUACAACGACACUGGAGAAUCAGCUUAAGUACCGCGAUGUUCGCGAGAACAGCGUCGAGGAUGGCGAAAGAGGUCGGGAUUGGAAAAUCGUCGUAGAAAGUUUGGCCAAGCUGUACGAAGCUGGCGGCCGACAUCGUGAUGCGCUCAGAUGCUACAUCAGACUUCAAGACGCAGACUCGGCAUUCCGGUUGAUUGGUGACUACCAUCUUGCGGACGCCGUAGCAGACGACAUUCCCGCCUUCAUCGGACUACGAGUCUCCCCCGAACGACUCAAGUAUAUGGACGAGCAUCAACUGAUUGCAGCAACCGCCGAAGCUAUUACUCUGCUGGUUGAUGAGGCUCAACAUGGCCUUGUGCGGCCUGAGGUUGUUGUAGAGCAGCUGCAAGAAAGAAAUCUCCAGUUAUACCUAUUUUUCUACUUGCGUGGGUUAUGGAAGGGCCAAGGAAUCGCAGAGCACACUGGAGAGAAUCUUGAACGGCUGAUCUCGGACAGUCAAUCUUUGGUGGAUAACUUUGCGGAUCUGGCCGUUCGCCUCUUUGCCAUAUAUGAUAGACCGCUGCUCAUGGAGUUUUUGAAGACGUCGACCUCUUAUGGAUUCGAAAAGGCCGUCCAAGAGUGUGAGCAGCACUCAUACUACGAUGAGUUGGUAUAUCUUUAUUCCAAGACUGGUCAAAUGAAGCGCGCAUUGUACCUCAUCAUAGACCGGUUAAACGACGUCAACAAGGCGAUAGACUUCGCGAAGGAGCAAGACGAUCCUGAUUUGUGGGAAGAUUUGCUAAACUAUAGCAUGGAUAAGCCGAGCUUCAUUCGUGCACUCCUUGAGCAAGUUGGCACGACCAUAAAUCCAAUAACUUUGGUUCGACGAAUACCGGAGGGUCUCGAAAUUCAGGGUUUAAGAGAAGGACUAAUCCAUAUGAUGAAGGAGCAUGAACUUCAGCACAGCAUUAGCUGGGGCGUAGCAACAGUCUUGCGAAGUGAAGUUGCGACAGCUCAGAAUGAGCUUCGAACAGGGCAACGCAAGGGCAUCAAAUUCGAAGUCCUUUCGACUGACGAGGGAGAAACUGCCGAGGACGAAAAGUCUGAAGGCGUCCCGAAGCCUGGGCAAUGCGCAAAAUGUCUCGAGACAUUCACAGAGUACGAGAUGGAAGCAUUGAUGGGAUUUGUGUGCGGACAUGCGUUCCACGUAAGCCAUUUGCUCGAAAUGCUACACAAGGGCAAACAAAACGACAUUGAUCUUGGAAAUGGGCCCGAGGAGGGAAGUCGGUAUUCAGUUGGUAUGAAGGUGAUGAAGGCGAGGUUGUUGAGGGACAGAGUGAGAGGAGGUUGUCCAAUUUGCCACCCAACCGAAGCUUAG